AUGGUCGCAAUGUUCAUUGUCAUGACCUACCUCACCUUCCACCUCAUCCCAAUCAUCGCAUUCAGAGAUGGCGCGUUUGACGGAGCAGGUUUGAUACCAAACAAGGAGAUCCUUGGGUGGAAGAUUCAUGGGCCAGUUGUCGAUCUACCACCACUAUACGAAGAAUACUUCGACUACGAGGAAUCGCUCCCCCAGAACAUUGUCAGUGCCACGAGAACCAAGUACAUCCACUUUGCAAACCAUGUCCAUUUGCUUGGAUUCAACAACCACCUGCAAGAGCUCGUCCUCAACGCUCAUCUCGCCUACCUGUCAAAUCGGUCAUUCGUGUUCUACGAGUACGUGUGGAGUCCUGCCUGGGAAGAAGGGAAGCUGUGGAGUGUGUGGCCAGAAGGCAGCGGGGAAGUCGAAGUCGUCGGACAACAGGACGGGGGAACCAGGGCGAAGGGAAGAAUUGUGAACGGUGCUGGCGGCGGCAAGAUCAUUCCUAGCCGGAUACCACUGUCCGUCUUUCUGGGGGGCUGGGUUGGGGGUGGUGUGCGUGUAAACGCCACUGGGAAGGGAGAAGAGGACGAUCUUACGCCAGUAUCGAGGCCGCACUUUGAAGACAUCUGUCCGGAGCAGGAGCGGUUUUACAUCCGUGCGAACGAAGUGAGCGACUCGCCUUUAUCCCGAUAUGUGAACGACGGACGGUCUGGAAGCAAGAAGGUACGAGAGUCGACGGGAGAAGAAAUCAUGAAGGCAUGGGUGGCUCGACUGGGGAUGCAAGACGUACGAGAUCAACGCUGCGUCGAGAUCGUGAAGGACACUGGCCAGGUUUUUGACUUUUGGGUUUUUGGGACACCUUCUAUUCACCCGUUGUGGCCAUCACUUCGCCUUUCUCCGGCUUUGCAGCAUUGGUCGUGGUCACCCCUCGUCUACGGAGUGUUCAGUCGGAAUGCUCUCGGACUGGAUUUCACCUGGCCAAAGGGUCCUAGGGGAAUCCCAAACGCUCCCGGAGGUAUUCAGCUAUUCGGGCCACAUGUCAAGGCCAUCGUGGAGCACGAGUUCAGGACAGCGCAGCAGACCCGUCUCCCAGCCAUCACCCUCGGUUAUCCGGACUAUCCAAAUCAUUACCCAUACCCUCCUUUCGUGAAUUCGUCCGAGGAACUCGCACUUGGAGCCCCAGAUGUGGAUGGUCUACGAGGUGCACCAAUUAUCACACUUCCAUACCCUCAAACGCCGUCGGCCGGUGGCCAGUCACUCCAACCCAGCUCAACGAAAAGCGUCGCUCCAUCCACCCUUCCUAUUCUUGCCCUCCAUCUUCGACGCGGCGAUUUCGCUGAGCACUGCUCCAAUCUCGCGGAAUGGAACUCCCCGUUCACGGGUUUCUGUUCCCUCAGCAGCGCGAAUGUACCGUUCGUCGGAGGCGAUAGGAGACCGGGAGUUGGGGAUCAAUUCACCGUCCCCCGCGUGGUCGAGGGCAGUACUCCGCUUGAUGGUGGUAACAGCGGAUACGAACACGACCGUGCUAGACUGGCGAGAGUAACAAUUUCUAUCCCCGAUGAUCACGAAGGCGGCGAUGUGGGUACGAGGAAGGUGAAUUCGAAGGUCGAGUUCGCCGUCUCCCACCCACCAGGGGAGUGGGCGCCUACCGUUCCUCCUCAAACAGAAGCCCUGGUCCACGACGUACCCACAAACGAAGCGAAGAAAGCCAUCUAUAUGAAGCGCUGUUUCCCAUCGACCGAGCAGAUCGGGAGACGCGUGGGAGAGGUGGUUCACGAUUGGGCUGCGUGGAAGUUCGUCAAGUUUGUUGAAGCCUUCGAGAUGGGCAGUCGAGACGCUGGCAGGAGAGAGGAUAGUUAUCAGGUGGAGUUGUCCGAGCUCAGGCGAAGUCUGGAAGGAAGCGUGAGGUCGGUUUACUUGAUGACCAAUGGGGGAGACGCUUGGGCUGGGGAAGUCGGGAGGGAGGUGGGAAGAGUCUUGAAGGAGUUGGAGGUGAAGAUCGACGUGGAGGUUGUCGUUUCGCGGGAACAGUCGACGGGAGAGUCUGAAAAACGGACGAGGUCAUUUAAAUGGUCGAAUCCGAACUGGGAAUUGUAUGUGGUCGUAGGAAGAGAUGAUGACCUAGACUCGAGGGACACCUGGGAGGACGAUGAACUGAUCGAUGGAGCAGCAGACGACACGGAUCCAAAAUCAUCCUCUCACGCAGCAAGUAAAUUGACCAUCAGCUCCUCCCGAAAUCUGGUCUUGACACCUGAAGAAAAACAUGCCAGUCAGGCCGUCGACAUGUACGUGGCACAGAGAGCUGAGCUUCUCAUUGGGAAUGGGUUCUCGAGUCUGACAUCUAACGCCGUGAUGUUGAGGAUGAAAGAUGGUCUGGAUGGAGUUCAAACGAGGUUUUGGUAA